GAUGGCACGAAGUGCAAUGUUAUUUGGGGGCUUGAUGAUGAAUGAAUUGAAGUAGAGAAGUAUAAAGACAACUCUGAUUGCCGGAGCCUUGGCAGCUUCCAGAGUUUGAUUUUUCUUUAACACUAAAUGGGGCCUUCAGGUUGUUUCCCUCAUUGUGUUGUCAGUCUGUGCAUUUAUGGUGGUCAUUUGAAACUAGGCCAUCAGGUGUGUUGGGAGGAAAAACGGCAGCAAUUCAGGACCUUGGCUACUGGACUGUGUAUAUACCUUUCCCAUCAUAGGAAGCUGGAAAAUACACACUGUGAACUGAAGGCACAGAAGAGUCAACUGGCAGCUGCUGAGGAAAAUUUGAAACUGGUUACCGAAGAGAUACACAAGUAUAAACAAGAAAUUGGAGAAAUGCAAGAUCAGCUGCAGAAGGCAGAGCUCACCUUCAAACACAAGGUCGCAGCUCAUGAGAGAAGCGCUCUAGAUAAUUGGGUCAAGGCUCGGUUUUGGGAGAGGAAGAUAGUGCAGCAGAGCAGGGAGAAGGCCUACAUGAAACACAGACUGCACAUGAUGAGGAGAGAGACGCCGCCUGAGGGAUCCAUGAGGCAGGAACCGAUGCCGUUAAGACCCGAGAUAUGGAACCGUGUGCAGAGAGGUAGGGAGCAUGCUGUGAAAUGCAGCAGCCUGAUUUCUGCUGGGAAAGCACUUGAUGUCCUCCCCGUUCUUGUGGGUGAUCGUUGUGUGUCCUAG